UUCAAGGACCGGGCAUGAUUUCCCUGCUGUUGAGUGGGCCUAAGUCUAAUUAGAGAGCUGUUGGUGGGGUUUCAGCAGGAGCGGUGGAACGUACGUAUUGGAGAGUUCUGAUGACGAAUUUUUAGACAAUAACAGAUUCUUGAGCUGAGCCAUGAGUAUGGUUGGAAAUUGAAAGUGAACAGGAAGGGAAAUACGCAUUUCUGUUCGAAGGACAGUGGCUUCCACAAGAGAUGAAAUGUGGUCUGAGGGAUGGUAUGACUACAGGCGACUUCCAGGAAAACAAGCGCAGGGAUGGUAUGACUGCAAGCGACUUCCAGGACGACAAGCGCCUCAUUGGAACCAUCCCAGUGAUGGCAACCAUAGAUUAAUUAACGUGCCGAAGAGACCGCCUCUGGGAGACAAGAGACCAUCUCUGCUAGCCAGACCCGAUGAAGGAGGCUACGGUAGAUACUACUGUCAGGUCGAUUACCAAGAAUGGGAUGAAGGCCGCUGUUUUUCUCAGAAUCCAAAAAGUGGCCCACCCUACAAAAGAGGCCCUUAUGGCUACCGAUGGUCAAGAGAUGAGUAUGCCACAAGCCGACAGCCUGAAUACAGGGCCAUGAGAAACGGCUUUAGAAGAAGACGUUUCUAUUCUUCCCAUUAUUCAAGACAACGAUCUCCCCAUGAACGGGGCGCUCCUUUUUUGAGAGAAUCACGUGUGGGCGGGAAGGACUCCCUACCCAGCAGAUUUGGCUCCAGUGUCAGCAGUAGAAGCAGGAUGCGCUCCUUCCAUCAGUCUCGGCUUAGAUGUAGAGAGAGAGCCAUCCAGUUUUUGAAAACAUCAAGAGAUACUGUGCCCUCAAGUUCUUCAUCCAAGGUGUUAAAAAGCCCCCGCCGGCUGACUGAGAAGGAAGAGGCUGAUGCUGCAAGCAAGUGGGCUAAUGAAAAUCCCAAGAAGUCAGAAGAAAAUAACUUGGCUGAAAUUUCCGAGUUUGAGACGGGAUCCAAGGCACCGUUAUGUAUCAACCAGACAGAAGAACCCGAGUCAAACACAACAGCUGGCCCGAAGGGAUCCAAGGCACCAUUAUGUAUCAACCAGACAGAAGAACCCGAGUCAAACACAACAGCUGGCCCUAAGGGAUCCAAGGCACCAUUAUGUAUCAACCAGACAGAAGAACCCGAGUCAAACACAACAGCUGGCCCAGAAUUGUGUGAAGACAGCCAGUUUAGCAGUCGUUCAAAAGCGAUUGCCUCAAAAAUCACGGAGAUUGAGAAGGUUUACCGACAAGUCUGUGAAACUUUCGGGAUGGUGGUGGAAAGGCUGGUUGAAAAGGAUCGUUCGUUAGAAAAACCUAUACAGUUUGCAAUGAAGCAGAGUUUGCAUGAAAUAGGUGAGCAACAUGUUGAAGAACUCAAGCAUUUCAUUAUGGAGUAUGAUAAUUCUACUCCAGAUUUUGGAGACCCUUUUUAG